AUGCAACAGCCUCCCACACUACCACUGAGAGCCACCACCCCCGUCACAUGGGCCCAGUACAGGGGAGGACAGAUGUGUCAGACACUGGCAGCUGAUAGCAUCAUUAUGUUGCUGGUCCUAUUCCUGCUGGGCAUGGCCCCAGGUGUCGUCUCCCGAGGAAUCAGCUAUCUGGUCGGAUCUCAGUUCCACAUCUAUAUGAAGGAGUUAUGCAACGCCAGCGUUUUUGACAUUUUCACUGGCGGCCUGCGAAUUGGGACGUAUCAUGAUGGACUACAAGGACUGAACAUUUACCAGAAUCGCCUGGAGUUCAUCAAACGGAACUGCACCCUCAUACUUCAUGAGAUGGAAUUGGUCCCUCAGAAUUUUACGGUUAAUGUUGCAACGUUAGAAAACGAUGUAAUCAAGGAUUAUAGCGAGACCUUCGCCCUCAGCGUCCCUGAAACAACAUCGAUAUUAACAACAAGCACUAAUACCACAAUAGAAGACAGCGCUGCACAGCUAACAGGCUGCUUGGUAUCACUCUGUAUCUCUCUGUAUCCUGCCACCAGCGGCCUCCUGUCUGUGCUGGCCUGUAUUAUACAUUUGUGCCCUUCACUGAAUGUCCUCAAGCAUCUGCAGGGGGUACAAGAUCUGAUCAGUAGACGCUGUGUUGCACCUAUGCGGCGUAUAUUAGGACUACAAGAUAAAUCAGAGACUAGAGGUGGUCCGCCUCAGAAAAUUUUAAGUCGGGUUUGUUUGAUAAACCGGUAUAUCUCUCUGCUCUGUCAGCUUGUCAGCAUCUGCCUGUGGCUCGCCUGUGGGUGUCUGGAAAGGCCAGCCAGGAUCUCCAUUAUAGUAUGUGCAGCCGUCUCCUCUGCUGCCCAGCUAUAUUAUGCCUGCCCACGGGUACAAUAUCUGAUCAGAAGAUGCUGUGUUGCACCUGUGCAGCGUAUAUUAGGACUAAAAGAUAAAUCAGAGACUAGAGGUGAUGGCGCUAACUGUAACCGGCGGAGACGGCUGAUCUAUGACCUCUGCUUUAUCAUUAUACUGGAUCUUAUACUGACAAUCUGCCCAUUUGUAAUUUACUACGCAACAUCUACAUGUCACAGAGUCACUCAUGAAACUCUGGGCUUCUGUAUAGCAGCGUUGGUCUCUGUGGGUACAGCCGCAGUGAUUUUCCUGUUCUGUUGCGUACGAAACGCUACUGAGACCAACGUCAGCGCUGAGGAUCCAAAGUCCAACAGUCCUGAUACGGAGUCAUCACCACAAGCUGAAUUACUAAGUCAGGAAAAAGGAAACGGCCUGAGUACAGACGCACAGAGAGCGGAUGGAAUUGACGUUGCAAAUACCAAUGAGCGGAACAGUAACACUGACGGCCCAAAUCCCAACGUGCCUGGUACAGAACCUCCACUAAACCACGUCCUUCUUGGAUAGGAAUAAGAAAAGCUCAAUCUCCGGCGGGAUGUCUGAGUUGUGGCAUCUGCCAGACGACUAAGAUCAUUUGCUUUAGCCAAACUCAGGACCCUGUGAACUACUAAAGCCAUUGUAUUACUGCGGGUGUUCCUCCAAGUGACUGUAUUAUCCGCUAGGAGACUUCAUUUAUUUAUUAACAGUUUCUUAUAUAGCGCAGCAUAUUCCGUUGCGCUUUGAAGCACCUAGAGACUAAUGGUGACAGCAGACUAUCAGAUGGACACCCAGUUUUCUCACCUGAUUCUGUAUGGUCUUCCUGUUGGGUGGUGAGAGCUGCAGAUGCAGAUUCCUUGUUAUAACGCACUACUUUUGUACAUUGCACUGAGUAUGUAAUAGCUUUUUAUAACUGACUGAUUCAGAUAUGUACGGACAAAUCCAAAUAUUGGGAGUCUGCGCAAGCACGUUGUACUCAUUGGCGGUCUGGAUCUUACAAUAUCGCUCACAGUGGAUUGGUUGUGGGAGGGGGGCCCCAAAGUGGUGUCUUGCUUUGAGCCCCGUAAGGUUUGAAGCCGCCCCUAGCAGGGAGUGCCAUGGCUUUGACACCAGAAGGCUUAGGGGGCCCCCGAACCAAGUUAUAUAGUUGUCUACCAAGUUAUGGAACUGGCUUCUAAGCGAAUAGGUCCUGGCCUGAGAAGAGUUUAGAAGAUCUCCAACCAAAGUAUAAUUUCCUCCUUUAGGAUGUAUCCCUCUAGGGUAGGAGAUAGUUGGACCAUGCCCCCUCCUCCCCUGCACUUACACUCACUGCAAUCCUCAGCCAUGAAGGCCCUACAGACUCGGGGCUGUCGUGUCAUAUUUCAAAGCUGCCAGUAAGGAUGGAGCACUUGAAGCUUCACCAUCAACAAAUAAUGUGAAACAUAAACCAGGGCACCUCUAUGGGGCAUAACGUGAAGAACCGCUGGGAAGAGAGGUGUCUCCUAGAAACAUUAGGGCGGGUACCCCUUGAAAAUGGUGCUAUGGGGAUCACAAAGUUUUGGUUAUUCCUCAGAUUGUUAUCCAGCACUGGCCUGUUGACAGGAUUUACAAAUGCACAAAUUAAUGUUAAUAUUCAAUUUAUUUAUAUAAGAAUGUAUAUAUGUUUAUAUGUGUGUAUGUAUGAAAGUAAGUAAAUCUAUUUUCUGCUUUUUGCUAUAAA